ACCAUCAAGAAUAUGUCACCCGUUGUUUCUUGGUUUAUAUUGAUGAUCUUCUAUUGACUUGCAACCAUGCGCCAACUCUUGCCAUGUUUCAUGAAUGUCUCACCUCCCACUUCUCCCUUAAGAGUCUUGGUUUGGUUGGCUACUUUCUCGACAUCGAGGUUCUCCCUACCUCCAAUGGCUAUGUGUUAUCUCAACAUAAGUACGUGAACGAUCUCCUUGACCGCUUUGACAUGGUUGAUGCUCAUCUUGCGCCCUCUCCUCUAUCUUCAUCGGCUAAACUCACUAUUGCUAACGGCUCUCCGCUGGGUUAUCUCACUAUUAUUGACUGCUCUCCACUGGCUUAUGUCACGAUGUGUAAACAAGUUCUGGGUUAUGUACAAUACUUGCCCUGCACUCGCAUGCAUAUUGCCUUCACCGUCAACAAAUUUUCCAAAUUUAUGGAAGCCCCUAUGCAACUUUACUGGCAGCAUGUCAAGCGCCUUCUCUGCUACCUCAAAGGAACCCCGUCACUUGGUCUUCUUCUCUCCUCUACUACUACACCCUCCGUCAUUUCCUUUGCCAACUCUGACUGGGCUGGUUAUUAUGGCAGCAUUCUGAUCUCAUGGAAGUUCAAGAAACAACGUUUAGUCGCUCAGUCAAGUACGAAAGUUAAGUAUCGUGGCGUUGCUCAUGCCACGUUUGAACUCUUUCGGAUCCGGAAUCUACUCUGCGAGCUUCAUCAACCCAUCUUGUCCUCCCCAGUUCUCUUAUGCAACCUUGGGGGCAUCAAUUUCUCCGCCAACUUGAUUCUUCAUUCCCGUGUGAAAAAUCUCGCUCUCGAUUAUCUCUUUGUUCGAGAGCUUAUUCAGUCACCCACACUUGUCGUUCAUCAUAUUCCCACAACUCACCAAUUGACAUAUUUCUUGACCAAGCCCCUAUCCAUCACUCGCUUCUAGCUCAUACGCUCCAAGAUUGGUGUCGUACCCGCCCCAUCUUGCGGGGGCGUGAUAAGGAUAUUUCAUCAAAUUAAUUUGUAAUUACUUAGUGUUGUUAGUGGUCUACUUAGUAGCCCUUUAGUUCCCCAUUUAUAUCUCGUAUCUUUCUCCUUCUGUUGGAGAGUUGGGUAAUUAAACCCAAUCACAUGCCUAAUGUAAACUACGUAAUCAAGCCUUCACAAACUGCACGACUAAUUCUCGCCCUAACAUUACUAUUAUAGCUAAUUCAAAACAGAAAAAUUACUUAAUGUCCUUCUUUUAUUAUUUAGCUUAACUUUUAAAUUAUAAUUAUUUAAUUAAAAGGUAGGGCGAGGUUUGACAAUUUAUACAAGAGGCGAAGUCCGAGUAGGAGUUGUUGUCGGCAUCGACCCCGCUUCUUCGUCGUUGCUACAGAGUCAUCAUUGAGUUUUGAUCUCUUUGAUCUCUGGAGAAUCAUCUACAACUGGUCGUUUCCAAAAAAUCUAGUUCCGACUUCCUACUCUAUACAACAAAAAUGAAGAGGUACCCCAAUCCUCCUUUCCAUCCCCGCCCAUUGCCACAAGUCUGUGGUUUUUGCUUCAAAAUUGGAAGCCCAUUUAACCACUAGAAAUGGUGGUUGUAGGGGUGGCUAUAUGGUCCAGUUCAGUUAAAUUGGCCCGAAUUGACCCGGUCCCAGUCCGGUCUUUUCGGGAAUAUAAGGACCAAAGAUUG